AGUGCCCCAGGGCGCAACAGAGAUCGUUAGAAGUGAUGUGGAGGCCCCAUAAGUCAUUACGUGCCAGUGGUUUGACAGAUCGGCCGUCAACUUCCGUAUAGACUGGACGUGUAUACCUGUACGCAUGCCACGUGUCCUGGGACGGCAGAUAUAGGACCGGUCCGUUACGAUUUUGGAAGAGUCCUGGGAAAACAACAGAUCGAACGGAAAGUCCCAGAGAUAAGACAGCCUAGAACAGACGAUACGACUUUGGGAAGUAAAGCUAUCGGAAUUAUAUCUUCUGUAGUGUAACGGUAAUAACUUUCAAAAAAAAAUAUGGCUAAAUCAAUAUUGUGUAAGAAAAUGAUUCUUUGUGUGGUAGGGACUAUGGCUUUAGUUGCCAUGGUUACUGCUAGUGACAUGAACGUUAAGGGUGACGUACCGGAUGUGCACGUGCUUGUGACGAGAGAUUCAGAUAAAUGCACGAGAAAAGCAGCCAAGCACGACAUUCUAGUACUCCAUUAUGAAGGAUUCUUCCCUAACGGUACCAAGUUCGAUUCCAGUAUCGAGCGACCUGGGGCCAAUCCUUUCCAGUUCCAACUCGGAAUAGGUCAGGUUAUUCAGGGCUGGGAAAGAGGACUACUGGACAUGUGUAUGGGAGAAAAGCGUAAGCUUACAGUCCCCGCCUCACUAGCGUACGGAGAGCAGGGUUCAGGUGAGCUGAUUCCGCCAAACACCGAUCUGAUAUUUGACAUUGACCUCAUCCAAGUGCAUGAUGGACCUCAACCACCAAAUGUCUUCAAGAUGAUCGACAUUGACAGCGACAACCUACUGACGAGAGAUGAGCUGGCCAUGUACCUUGCUCGUCAGUCUCAGAUGCAGGGAGUGCCGAUGGACCUGGCCAAUGUUCAAAACCUUAAAGUCCUCAACAACAUCUUCACAGUGGAAGAUAAAGACAAGGAUGGCCGAAUUUCCCACGAAGAAUUUACCGGUCCAAAGCAUGAAGAACUCUGAUAGUCUGUGCUUUACCGAAAGUUAAGACAUUCAACUUGAGCAGAAUGCUAGAGUAAAAUGUUUUAUAACAUUAUCAAGUGCAGACGCUUUUAGAAUGGAGUUGAGAGUAAAGAGUUGUGUGCAGUAAUAGACAAGUUAUGUGAGGAAUGUCUGAGGAAUGUAUGAAGGAUGUGUAUGGAAUUGGUCCGAGAUGUAAGGUCAUUCCAUGUUAAUGUAAGAAGGGAGAAAGAUUUUUUACGUCGGUGUAAGAUCUCCUAGUUGCUUGAUUUGUGUGGGUUUAUGCAGAGAAAAAUCACAUAACUGUUCAACAUCAGUACAACCUGGCGUCAACCGGGCUCCAUGGCUUCACCAGUGUCUACGUUACGAGAGGAUCGAUGGCUUCAAGGUGGCGGCCACGAUUGUAGGAAACAGAAAAAUAAAAGACAAGGAGUUGAUAGUGAUAUUCAUCUAUUUAUUGCAUAAUACAUGACGAUGUCAACACAGGAGAUGAGAAUGUAACGAGAUGUACAUAAGACGAAAGGUGAGAGGUCAUCCUGUGAGAUGUAUGAGACGAAAGGUGAGAGGUCAUCCUGUGAGAUGUAUGAGACGAAAGGUGAGAGGUCAUCCUGUGAGAUGUAUGAGACGAGAGGUCAUAGGUGCAGAAUGAGCAUAAGUGUGUGAUUGUAAUCAUGCUUAACAGAGACACAUAAUACAAAGCAUUAAAAUAUAAACUAAAACACCCUUGAUUGUUGUUUUUUGCCGCUAAUAUAUAGUGUACAACACUCGGUAUGGUUUACCUGGCCACUAUAGCGUACAACACUGUGGGGCUCAAGUUUCGUGGUUUCCUGGAAAAACACCAUUUUGUUGGUACAUGAAUUCAUGGAUUACAAGUACCAACUCAUACAGAGAAUAGCUUUAUGUUAAUCUUGUAAUUACUUUGUGGACCUUUGAAUUUUUUGAUAACGAGUACCCACUCAUACGGAUAAAAGCUUUAUAUCUAACUUGUAAUUACUUUGUGGACCUAUGAAU